CCGUUGGAGGAUCGCUGGCAUCAGACUCGGCCUAUGUGGCUGUGCGGGGAUCAGCUGCUGUGCUUUCCAACGGCUCCAUUCUUCUCACAGGAGGGGCGCCCAACCAGCAGGGAGCAGCGUUUGCCUCUCCCGCGCUGCGCCUCUUCUACUUCCCCAACAAGCGCUCCCUCUGCGGGAUUGAGCUCGCAUUCACCGCUGCCUUCAGCUUUGCCAUGCAUGCACUGGGCCACGUGGCAGUUGGAGAGGGCUUUGCAUUUGUGGUGGCGGCAGCUGCUUCUGGCAAGGGGGCGAGUGUGGGGCUGGGAGGGGUGGGGAAGCGGAGUGUGGCGGUGGAGUUUGACUCGGUGCUGAGUGUGAAGCACAGCGACCCCAAUGACAACCACGUGGGCGUCAAUGUGGGCGGUUCACCUGUGUCCCUCGCCUCUGCCACGGCCCCUCUCAUCCUCAACGAUGGCCACACCAAGCACGCCUGGAUCCACUACGACCCCACCAGCAGCGGCACCCUCCGAAUCUUCCUAUCCUCUGAACCCGACCAGCCCCUCGGCCCCGCCCUUACAGCAAGCGUGUCUCUCUGCUCCGUGCUCAAGCCCACUGCAUCCGACUCUCUCUUCCUCUUCGGCUUCGUUGCCCUUUCAGGCAGCCAGCCCCAGAGGCACACCAUCCUGAACUGGCAGUUCACCACAGAGUAA